UUAUUUUCGUCUGAGUGUUUUGAGUCUGUGUUUUGUAAUUUUUAAUGAAUGAUAUACGUAUUUCUCAUUUAGAAUUAAACCAAAAUAAACUAAGUAAAUAAAAAUAAGUUAGGAAUUUCAUCACUUAAUGCGGUAAAGGUAAUGAUCAUAUAAAGUUAAUACUGCUUUGAACACAGCGUUCAAAAUGAAUGCCUUGCCAGCGCAACCUAUUGGGAUACAAAGCACAGCAGGUGCUGUGCCUAUUCGAAAUGAAAAAGGUGAGAUUUCUAUGCAAAAAGUAAAAGUUCAGCGAUACAUAUCAGGCAAGAAACCGGAUUAUGCUCAAGGGGUAUCAUCAUCUGAGGAAUCUGAUGCUGAAGAUUUCAUAGAACAGCAAAGGCCAGAGAGGAGACAUCAGAUAGCACAAAUAAUUACCAGAAAAGAGGAAGUGCCAAGUGAUUCAGAGACAGAAGUUGAUGAUCCCCGCCUGCGCCGUUUGCGUGAUGCAGCACAUUCACCUCAGCGUCGCGCUGAGCACAAGCCGGAGAUCAUUGAUGCUGAACCAGAGCCAGAAUCUGAAUCCAGCGAGGAUGAAGCCAAGCAUAGCUCUGAAAGUGAGGAUGACUUGGACGAAGAAGAAAUUGAGAGACGCAGGCAGGCUGUCAAGGCUAAACUUGCUGCUAGGGAGGCAGAAAAGGAAGUUCUUGGUAGAGAUGAUGAUGAGGAAAUGUUAGACGGUGACAAAGAAGAGAGUGGAUCAUCAGACACUGAAUACACAGAUAGUGAGGAAGACACAGGGCCAAGAGUCAAGCCUGUGUUUGUAAGAGCUUCAGAGAGAAUGACUGUAGCAGAAAGAGAGCGCAAAAUGAAGCAACAGAAAAAAGAAGAGUCAGAUGCGAGAAAGGAAAAGGAGGAGAAGAGGAGAGAAGCUCUGAAGUUAGUUGAAGAGACAAUUCGUUCUGAACAGAGAAAUACACAGUCGGAACACAAGGAAGGCAACAUUAAUGACGUGUGCACAGACGACGAGAAUGACGAGUUGGAAUACGAGGCGUGGAAGCUUCGCGAAAUGAAACGUAUCAAACGAGACAAAGAAGAAAGGGAGGCUAUGGAAAAGGAGCUAUUGAACAUAGAACGCAUGCGCAACAUGACAGAAGAGGAGAGACGCAUCGAGCAGCGCCUCAACCCCAAGCUCAUCACCAACAAGUCCAUGAAAGGCAAAUACAAGUUCCUGCAAAAGUAUUAUCACAGAGGCGCGUAUUAUUUGGACAAAGAAGAGGAUGUUUUCAAGCAAGAUUUCUCUGGACCAACAUUGGAUGAUCACUUUGACAAGACUGUUUUACCAAAGGUGAUGCAAGUGAAGAAGUUCGGUCGCUCGGGCCGCACGAAGUACACGCACCUGGUGGACCAGGACACCACGGAGUUCGACUCCGCGUGGAGCAACGAGAGCUCGGCCGCCAGGCUCGCCAACUUCCGCGGCGGCAUGAAGCAGGUGUUCGACAAGCCCACCGCCAAGCGGAAACACACCGUGUAGACUGUACACUAUACAGGGUGAUUCUUUUUCUAGUUCGCAAAUUUCUAUUGGUUCAUUUUCAUUAAUAGUCUGUAUUUUUUUAUAAAAUUUUUUGUUUUGGAGUUCUGGAAAUUGAAAAAAUACGUUACAAAUAAUAGCAGCGGUUCCGUAUCGUGACGUCAUACGCACUUUUUACUAAAACAAUCAUUAUUACAUUUUCAAGCGAUGUUUUAUCUGACUUCAAAAAAAGGAGGAGGCUCUCAAUUCGACGCGUAUGCUUUUUUAUCAAUGUUUGUUACCUAAUAACUUAGUCAUUUAUUAACCAAUUUUAAAAAUUCUUUUUUUUGUUUAAAAGAGUAUACCUACUUCCAGAUUGGUCCCAUUUCAUUUUCAUGAAAAUAAAUUUUUGACUCCAAAAAUAACAAAAUAAUGGACACAUUGUUUUCAAACGCCACCGCCACGGCCGCCGUGAAAACAACGAGCACAGCGACCUUACAGCUAAUCAUUCUGUGUAUAGUCUGAUGCAAUCAUUUUGACGUAUCCGAACGUCGUGCGUUAAGAUGUGCAAUACAAUAUUUAUUAUGCUCAUAUUUUAGGUGCCCCGGUAACGCAGGGGCGCGGCGGUAGGUGAUUUUAGUAUAACCUGCGUGAAAGGUCACCCGCAACUUAUUUCGGAGACGUCAUAAAGAUUGCAUUCGACUUUACCUACUGGUAAAUAUCUUCGGUAAACUUAAAAAAACUUGGGUAUUUUUUAGUUUAUAGACAAAAUACGUGUCUAUUGAAUUUCGUUCCUUUGCAACCACAGAUUAACUAAAAAAAUAAUAUGUAGUAUUUUUUUAUAGUUUACUACUUAUAUUAAUUUACGUAAUUGUUGUUAGUGUUAAAUUUUGAAAUACAAAUUAAGAAAAAAUUUUGUAUAGGCGAAUGUUAAGGAGACGCGUGACGAUUGGGUUUUUUAUGAUUUACCGGCUUCACCACGCUCUAAAGACUCGUUUUGGAAUCUGGAUCAUUCUUUAUUCUGUGUUUGCAACAUAGAAUUUUGCGCACUCGAAAAGCUUCUUACUUUAUACUGUAUUGAGUAUGUUUAAAUUAAUAAAUAUCAAUUACUUAAAUUA